AUGCAAGAGGAGAUGGCACGGCGCGAGGAAGCCGAGCUGCAGAAGAGCCACCAGAAGCCGCGCAGCCCCGAGGGCUGGGGGCUGCUGCAGGCCCUGUGGUACCUGGCUUUCUACAAGCCGGUGAUCACCGAAGUCCACCUCCGGAGGAAAAACAUCAAGUUCAUCUUCAUCCGCUUCAGCGCCUGGCAGUACGCGGGCUGCGACAAGCUUUGGGCCGGGCUGGUCACCACCCUUUGCGACAGCAUCCGCCACCACUUUGGGGCUCUGCCGCUCAGCCUCUACCACGUCAUGGGCAGUCGGCCCCACUUUGCCUCCGGUUUCAGCCAGAAGGAGUGGAUCCUCAAGAAAAACACGUGCCUCAAGCUUUGGGGGCUGCUCUUCGUGCUGAGCGCGGGCCUCAGCGUGCUCUUGGUGGCCUUGCUGGUGCCCGGCAUCAAGGACAACCGUGCACUGAAGGUGAUCGGCAGCACCAUUGCCUCGCUGUCGGGAUCCGGCUUGGUGCUGGGCGCCGUCUCCGUCAUCAAGAACCUGCUCAUCAGCGAGAAGAAGAAGAUCGAGCGGCUGACCAACAGCGAGAAGUUCACCAGCCAGCUGGGCUUCAUGAGCAAGGUGCGCAACGAGAUCGAGGCGCUCAUCAACUUCCUGGCCUUCAUGGAGAUCUUCGAGAAGCGGCGGCUCCGUGUUGUACUGGAGAUCACCAGCUUGGACAUCUGCUUCCCGGAGAAGGUGGCUGGGGUGCUCAACGCCAUGAACACGUUGCUCUCGGACGCCAACAGCCCCUUCAUCUUCAUCCUGGUGGUGGACCCCAGCGUGAUCGUGCCAUGCCUGGAGCAGACGAGCUGCAUGAAGGGCUUGGCCGACAACGGGUACCUCUACCUCAACCGCACGGUGACGUUGCCCUUCUCCAUCCCGGAGAUGGGCUUGAGGUCCAAGCUGCAGUGCCUGGAGGACGCGGUGCAGACGCGCGAGGACCUCAUGUACCGCAUCAUCACCAGGAACGUGGAGAGGAACCUGCACCGGAGCAGGGCCAAGGGCGAGCCGGCGGCGCCCCGGGAGCGCAGUGACUACAGCUUGUCCGUGCCUCCCUCUCUCCUCUAG